AUGGAGGGUCCAGAAGCAUUGAAAGGCUUGAAAUAUCCAGCCAAGGAACAUUCUGAGAGGGUUGUGUCUCAUUUUCGAACUAAGAAUAAUGUUGGGAGGUUGGCAAUUUUCAUGAGUGGGGAGAAUCUCGAGCUUUACCAGUACUCCGAUCAAACAAAGCCGAUUCGUCAAAACCGAUACUUUUAUUACUUGAGCGGAUGUGAUGUUCCUGGUUCCCAUGUCUUGUACAACGCAACUAAUGGAAAACUGACAUUAUUUCUUCCUAAUAUUGAUGAGGAUGACGUGAUGUGGAGUGGGUUGCCAAUUCUGCUUGAGGAAGCCCUCGAAAAGUACGACGUUGAUGAAACCAAAUAUGUUAGUGACAUGUUUGAUCAUUUGAAAGGCUUGAAAAGUGACGGUAUUUCAAUUUACACAACUGAUUUCAACAAAUGGAACUAUGCCGUCAAGGAAUUUUUGAUUCAAGGACAUAAUGACUUCUUUUAUGCUUUGGAUGAAUCCAGGCUUAUAAAGGACUCGUUCGAAAUUGAAUUGAUGAGACAUGCUUCCAAGAUUACUGAUAACUGUCACCUUGCAGUUAUGUCAGCUACCCCUAUUGAGACUAAUGAGACACACAUACAUGCUGAGUUUAUGUACCAUGCCAUUAGACAAGGUUCCAAGUAUCAGCUGUACGAUCCUAUUUGUUGCUCGGGUCCAAAUUGUUCGACUUUGCAUUACGUUAAGAAUGAUGACGAUAUUAGUCCUGAAAAGAAAUCGGUUCUCAUAGAUGCUGGUGCUGAAUGGAAUUGUUAUGCUUCUGAUGUUACAAGGUGUUUCCCGAUUCAUGGCGAUUGGACAAAAGAACAUUUGGAUAUCUACAAUAUCGUUCUUAAAAUGCAAAGCACGACUAUGGACAUGAUUAGGCCCGGCGCAAGUUGGGACAACAUCCAUUUGGAGGCACAUAGAGUAAUGAUCAGGGAGUUUCUCAAGAUUGGAAUUUUUAACAACGAAUUUCUGGAAGAGGAAAUUUUUAAUUCGAAUGUGUCUGCCAGAUUUUUUCCACAUGGUCUUGGUCACUUACUAGGAAUGGACACCCACGAUGUUGGUGGUUAUCCCAAUUACGAUGAUCUGGAUCCAAAGUUAAGAUACUUGAGGUUGAGACGGACAUUGAAGAAAGGGAUGGUUCUCACUGAUGAACCUGGUGUAUACUUCUCACCGUUCUUGUUGAAAGAUGUCCUUGAGGAUCCAACCCAGGUUAAGUUCAUCAACAGAGAGAUUCUUGACAAUUAUUGGUAUGUUGGAGGCGUGAGAAUUGAGGAUGAUUUGCUCAUAACUGAUGAUGGGUUUGAAAACUUCACUAAGAUCACGUCUGAUCCCAAUGAAAUUUCAAGGAUUAUCAAAGACAGCAUUGCAAAGGGGAGAUCACAUUUUCAUAACAUAGUAUAG